AUGUCAGUCAACCAUUACUCCACAGACCACCACCACCACAACACUCUCUUGUGGCAGGAUCGCCACGCCACCGACACAUCGGAGGCAACCACAGCCACGUGGCUCAACGACGACCAACAAAAAGAAUCACUCUUCGAGAAGUCUCUCACACCAAGCGACGUCGGCAAACUCAACCGCCUCGUCAUACCAAAACAGCACGCUGAGAAAUACUUCCCUCUCAAUGCGGUGAUCGUCUCCUCCUCCGGUGGUGCUGACACGUCAUCAUCGACAUCGACGGAGAAAGGGAUGCUUCUAAGCUUCGAAGACGAGUCAGGAAAGUGUUGGAGAUUCAGAUACUCUUACUGGAACAGCAGCCAAAGCUACGUUUUGACCAAAGGUUGGAGCAGAUUCGUCAAAGACAAACAGCUCGACCCUGGCGACGUCGUUUUCUUCCAACGACAACGUUCCGAUUCCCGGAGACUCUUCAUUGGCUGGCGCAGACGCGGCCAAGGCUCCUCCACUAACUCCGCCGUCAAUACGACGUCGUAUGCUAGUUCCAUGGCAGCUCCUCCGUAUCUCCAAAUCCACGCCUCUAGUAAUAAUUACCCUAAUCCUCCUCCUCACUCAGAGUAUUCCCACUACGGCGCCGCCGUAGUUACAGCUGCGGAGACUCACUCCAUACCAUCGUCUUCCGCCGUGGUCGGGAGCUCGAGGACGGUGAGGCUUUUCGGUGUGAAUUUGGAGUGUCAAAUGGAUGAAGACGACGACGGAGAUGAUUCCGUCACCGCCGCGGAGUGUCCCGCCGACGGUUACUAUGGCCAGUACAUGCACUAUUAUUACACUCCUCAUCCUCAUAGCAUGAAUAUAGCUUUCACGGGGGAUACGAUGAAGCAGCUUGGAGAUAGACGAGGAUGAGAUCCAAGAGAGGUGACAAGAAUUUCGGAAUUGACUUAAAGCUUUUAUAUGGGCCCAGACUUUGCGCAUUCUCUUUAAGGC